ACUAUUCGUAUUCAAGCGAUUUGCAACACAAGCCGAAUCAAAAAAAAGUAAUUCUCGCAAUUCAGUCGAGGGCAACGGACACGUAAACGUUUAAAGUUCAACGGAUAGCACCCAAAGAAGACACGGAGAUUUGCAUGAGGCAGGAAUAGAGGAGCGAAAGUUCCCAACCACAGACAGACAAAGAUGUCACAAAACCAAUCCUACUUCUGGCAGACGACCAGACACAAUGUAUACCUGAAGCGCUCAGCCAAAUGGCACAUGGCGCUGGCCCUAAUGGUGGUGCUCACAUUUGGCACAAUAUGUGCAGCAGAGGCUCAACCGGAUAGUGCGGACGAUGCAGUAAUUGAAGCCGGAAUACAGGGCAAAAUUGAGGUACAAGGAGAUUUAAAUAAGCCAACGGACCUGAGCAAUUUAGCGGAAAAAACAAAGGAUGAUAAGGAUGGGCCAAAGUCGGAGAUCAGCUUUAUCGAUGCGUUUACCGCAUCGAUCUCUAUUAUCUUACUAACAGAACUAGGAGAUAAGACUUUUUUCAUAGCUGCCAUCAUGGCCAUGCGCCAUCCGCGUUUGAUUGUCUUUGGCGGUGCCAUCGCCGCCUUGGCUCUAAUGACGGUACUCUCAUGCGUAUUUGGCAUGGCAGCAAACUUUAUUCCUAAGAUUUAUACGUAUUAUAUCUCAACUGCAUUAUUUUUAAUAUUCGGUUUGAAAAUGCUGUACGACGGCUACAAAAUGAAACCAACAGAUGCUCAGGAGGAACUCGAAGAGGUUCAAACUGAUCUGCGCAAGCGCGAGGACGAGUUGAUGCGGAAAGCCAGCCGAAAGUAUGAAGAUUCUGACGCCAAGCGAAAGAAUAGCAACUCGGACAAGGAGGAUGCCAGCGAGCAGGCGCUUAUCCAUGGCCGUAACUCUGUUUCUACAGGUGCCACUACAGUAGGCGAUGCCGAUAUGCAGCACCGCCAGCGAAAGCAGCGCAACCACCUCAAUAACAAUAAUAGUAAGCAAAAUAGCUGUGAUAAAACUGGUAACGAUGACGAGGACCGGGAUCAACACGAAUCGGAGGUAUUUCUCAAGGAGGGCGGACGGAUUGUGGAGCAACUCAAAAUGAAAACAUACCACAGCAGCCCGGCUCACUCGGCAGCCUCAUCGAACCAGACCGAACAAACCAACUCGAUUGCCGCUUCCACCACCACCGUCGAUGUCCAGCAGGCUGGACAUCCCACCGAUCCGUCCCUAGGCGGUGCCUCGGAACUACGUGCUCCGUUGGCCGGAUACGAUAGCAUGAAUAGUCUCAACGGCAGCCUCAACGGGGACUCCCCACCGACCAAUGGCUCUAUCAAAGCACGGCUGGACCGUGAUGUGAAUGCGGCGCUGGUUAAUGACGCCGAGAGCGGUCGACGUCGUCCACAAAAACGAAGUGCUACCUACUUCACCAUGCGUAUCCUUGCCCAGGCCUUUACAAUGACCUUCUUGGCCGAAUGGGGUGACCGCUCCCAAUUGACCACUAUUCUUCUCGCCGCCAAUAAGGACGUUUUUGGCGUUAUUUCUGGCGGUAUUAUUGGCCACUGCAUCUGCACUGGCCUGGCUGUGAUUGGUGGUCGUAUAGUGGCUUCCAAAAUCUCUGUACGCACUGUCACCAUUGUUGGUGGCAUUGUGUUCAUCGGAUUCGCCAUCUACGCUGUCGCCAUACCUCCGAAAGACAUAUAGGCGUAGCCAUGGUACUACCGACGAGAUAGCCCGUUGACGACCCCACAUUAAUUGAAAAUUUAGUUUUAGUUAAUUCCUAAUAAUCCCCGUUUUCCUUUGAGGAGCCUCGGGCAAUGCUAGGAUUGUAUUGAUUCAUUUUGAGAUGAAAUGCAUUCAAAUAUUUAACGUAGCUUUGCUUGCAAAACAAAAAAAAUUAAGAAACCAAGGAAAAACAAAAGUGCCUUCUGUGCUUUCCGCCUCGGCCAUGACAUACAAAUUUAGUUCACACAAUGAAUUCUUCUGUUUCCAAUUUCAUAGUAUUGCUUUGAUUUAAACGUUCAGUUUUGAGUUCGUUUUAAGUAUUAAAGAUGAUUGUACAUAUGUGUGCUAGUGCGACCAGGUGGCCUAAGCUCCUCCGAGUUGGACCCUUACCUACAUAUCCCACAUCCUUAUUUGCCUAUUUGUUUACGUAGCAGUGUUUACUUAAUGGAAACAACCAAAAUGUAACUUUGUAGAUUUGAUUAUUUAUGCGAUUUUUGUAUGAAAAACUUAGUAAAUUGCGCAAAACUUUUGA